AUGAAGGGAGUCCGUCAGACCGAAGUCAUCCAGUUCCUCAAGCGUCACAUCAUUCACAGGUUUGGGCUUCCAGAGACUAUUACGUGCGACAAUGGAAGUGUUUUCGUUGGGGAUGAGGUGGUGGCAUUUGCAGCUGAGUUAGGAAUAACGUUCACCCAUUCCACCCCAUACUACGUUCAAGGCAACGAUCAGGCCAAAGUAAGUAACAAGAUUCUCAAGGGGUGUUUAGCGAAGGUUGUGGAUGACAUCCCACGAAGAUGGGUAGACAUGCUUUCUGAGGUAUUGUGGGCGUUUAGGACGACACAACGGACCAGCACGGCCACUAUGCUCUUUGCGUUGACGUAUGGCCAUGAUGUAGUGUUACCCAUUGAAGUUAGCAUAAGAUUAGCAUGGGUGGCAUUCCAGCAGGGACUAAAGCCAACAACCUACAGCGAGGCCAUGAUGGUUGAGCUAGAUGACCUGGAAGAAGAGCGCUUGGCCGUGCUGUAUAGGAUGCAGGUUCAGAAGAGGAAGGUUACAGCCAUCUACAAUAAAAGGAUAUGCCCAAAGAACUUCCAUGAAGGGGACAUCAUCCUGAAGCCCAUACUCUCAGUUGGAGCGAAGGACCCCAGACUGGACAAAUGGUCCCCAACAUGGGAAGGGCCCUUUACGAUCUGUCAGGUGCUCCGAGGUGGGGCCUAUAGGCUGCAUGACUUGGAAGGAGGAAUCCAGAUCAGGCCUAUCAACGGCAAGUUCCUUAAGGCUUUUCAUCCCACGAUCUGGGAUUUGGGGUGA